AUGUUGUGUCACUGUGGUGAAUUGAAGGGAUAUUUGAUAGAUAAGGACCGCCCCCAUGUUGUGUUAUCUGAUGAUGAAGAGGAAGGAGGAGAAGCUGAAAACGAUGUCACUAUCGAAUUCGGACAUCUAGUACCAAAUCUGUUAAAUGAGGAGACCUUCUAUGCCUCUUCUGUUAAAUCCUGGCAGAAUGCUUUGGUGGAUAAACAGAUGGGAUCAAGGAGGCCACUUAGGAUGUUAGCUUUGUAUAAUCGCUUGUCGCACUUAUGGCCAUAUAUGCAUAGUUUCACAAUGAUUGAUCAUGAGAAUGGAUUCUUCUUUAUUCGUUUCAAGUCCAAUGAGGAUGUAAUUAAAGUGCUGGCAAGAGCUACUUGUCCCAAUAAGCUGCCUGUCCCUAAUCCACCAGAGAAGAAGAAUGAGAAUGGUGGUGAUGUGGGCAAAUGGCUAAGGGGAGAAGGGAGGAGACAAUAUCAAGGGAGAUGGAGAGUGGGUUUUGGUUCAAAGGAAGGGAAGGUGUUCAAUGGUGCAAAAUCAUCAGGAUUUGGUAUCACGUCCCAAAGAGAUCGCUAA